CUUACUUACUCUUCCACACGUACUCCAUUGUUUCACCCGCGCCACUGUUCCCGGCAUUCCAAGAUCCCGUCUAUAUACUCGUACCAAACCCGCGCUCCCGCUACUCGUCUUUUACUACCUACUCAAUCAAUCAAUCAAUCCAGUCAAUCUAUCUGAAUAUUGCUUCCAUCGUCACACAACCCCACGCUGGCUGCCAAUAGCUUCACCCGCCUGAUCGACAUGGACACCCACACCGAGACCAGCACAAUGUCCACCAACGCUGCUGGCAAGAUCCCAGACAAGGGCCAGACAAACGGCUCCUCGUCCACCGCGCCCGCCUUCCGCCCACAACCCGCCAUGAAAGUCGAGCCCCCGCGCCAGGAAGACUUGCAGCAGAGCUACGCUCAAAUCGUCGACGCCAAUGCCAACCCGGACAACUGGUACGGUUCCAUGAUCAACGCCUUUGGCGCCUGCAUUGGAACCCUCGGUGCCGUCCCCUGCUGCAUCUGCUGCCCGAACCCCUACAAGCAGGUCCACCAAGGCAACGUUGGCCUGGUCACCAAGUUCGGCAAGUUCUACAAGGCCGUCGAUCCCGGUCUAGUCAAGAUCAACCCUCUCAGUGAACGUCUCAUCCAGGUCGAUGUCAAGAUCCAGGUUGUUGAGGUUCCCAGACAAGUCUGUAUGACCAAGGAUAAUGUUACCGUCGACCUUACUUCCGUCAUCUACUACCACGUCACACGACCCCACAAAGUCGCAUUCGGUAUCCAAAACGUGAAACAGGCUCUAGUUGAGCGUACGCAGACCACUCUACGCCAUGUCGUCGGCGCCCGUGUGCUACAGGACGUCAUCGAGCGUCGCGAAGAGAUCGCCCAGAGCAUUGGGGAGAUUAUUGAGGACGUCGCGUCGGGCUGGGGUGUCCAGGUAGAAAGCAUGCUGGUCAAAGACAUCGUCUUCAGCGCCGAACUCCAGGGAUCACUGUCCAUGGCUGCCCAGAGCAAGCGUAUCGGUGAAAGCAAGAUCAUUGCUGCUAAGGCCGAGGUGGAAUCUGCCCGUCUCAUGAGACAGGCUGCCGACAUUCUAAGCUCUGCUCCCGCCAUGCAAAUCCGCUACCUCGAGGCCAUGCAGGCUAUGGCCAAGACAGCCAACUCAAAGGUCAUCUUCCUGCCCGCUGCCAAUCAAACCAUGCCUAGCACGUCGGCUUUCAACGCUGCCAUAGCCGAGACCAGCAAGAGUUUUGCCGAGGGUGAAGGCGACUUUGACAAAUCCAAUGAUGAUGGCUUCCAACAGGCCAUGCAUGCUCGAGUUAUUGAGAACAUUUAAGGCUCUGAUUUCACCGUGACUUUCAACGCCUCCAAGAUUGCCUUGCCGACUGCCGCCCCAAUAAUUGAAGUAAAAAAAAAAAAAAGCAACAAAAAAAUUACAUGGCCGAAGGGCGCCGAGCUUCGCUCGCAGUUUGAUGAUUUCUUGA